AUGUCGGGCUGCUUUGAGGAGCGCAGCGGGGUGGUGUGGUGCGGGAUGCCAUGGGGCCGGUGGUACCAGACCCUGGAUGAGGUGGUCAUCGAGGUCCGGGUGCCGCCAGGUACAGCGCAGGACAUCUACUGUAGCCUGCACAGCCGCCACCUAGCUCUCCACCUGAACGGCCGCCACAUCCUCCAGGGUAAGCUCUUUGAUUCUACAAUAGUGGAUGAGGGAACGUGGACAUUAGAGGACAGAAAAAUGGUGCGCAUCGUUCUCACCAAGGCCAAGAGAGAUGCUGGAAAUUGUUGGAGUUCUCUAUUAGAGAACAAUUAUGUGGCUGAUCCUUGGGUCCAGGACCAGAUGCAGAAGAAACUUACGCUGGAAAGAUUCCAAAAUGAGAAUCCUGAUUUUGACUUCAGUGUAGCAGAAAUCCCAGGAAACUACAGCAAAGGAGGCCCAGACUUUUCCAGUCUUGGAAAAUAA